AUGGUUUUUGCAUUUGGUUUUAAAUUGUCACCGGUGAUCUGUGACCAUUUGAGUUUGGGAGUGAAGACCGGUUUGCCAUACAUCUACCACAGCAAAGCGAGCAACCCUUUCGUGAACUUGAAGAAGGAAUACAAAGGAAUCUUCUGGCAGGAGGAGAUCAUUCCCUUCUUCCAGAACGUAAAGCUAUCGAAAGAAGCAGUAACUGUUCAGCAAUGCUACAUUGAGCUCUCAAAGAUGGUCAAGGAGAAGUUGAGCUCCUUAGACCCCUACUUUGACAAGCUUGCAGACGCCAUGGUUACAUGGAUUGAAGCUUGGGAUGAGCUUAACCCACCAGCUACAGCAGCCACUGCCAAAGCUUGA